AUGGGGAAGAGAAGGGGAGCGGCGAUUGGGGCGGGUGCCCUGGGCACCAUGACGGCUGUGGCCGCGCUGGUGCAGCAGUCUUUGCUGCUGCUGCUGCUGUGCGUUGGUGGGGUUGUUGUUUAUGGCAUUUGGUUUUGGUUGAGAGUGUUUCGCUGCAGCAGCGCUGCAUCGGCCCUGCAGCAGCAGCAGCAGCAGCAGCAGCGGCCUUUGCACAGCAGCAGCAGGAGCAAGAGCAAGCGCCUGCCAAAGUCCGACGACGUCUCCCCGGGAGGUGCAGCAGCCGGCGCUGCCCCUGCUGCUGCUGCAGCAGCAGCAGCAAGCACUACAGCAGCUGACGAGGACGAGUGCCCCGCUGCUGCUGCGGAGGCGCCCCGCCGGCGGCCGCGAAGCAGCCGCAGCGGCAGCAGCAGCAAAAGCUUCUCAACAGCCGACAGCGAGGGCUCGGAGGGCUCGCGGGACAGCGGCAGCAGCAGCAGCAGCAGCAGAAGCGCGGAGGGCUACCGGUGGCUGGAGGGCGACGCAGAAUGCGCCUACGACUCUGCAGACGAAGCAGAUUCCGAAGCAGAACAAGACAGUUUGCUGCCAGCAGCAGCGCAGCGGCAGCGGCUCCCCAGACGCAUGAGCUUCUCUUCUUUCAAUCUUGCUGCUGGCUGCUUCCCCGCAGAAACCAAAGUGCAGCACCACAUUGUUUCCGCCUGUAUGUACACCCCGACACUGCCAGACACCCAAAGCCUUCUCCGCCUCCUCGACAGGCUUGCCGGCUUCCACAGAUUCAGCAGCGUGCCCAUCUUGAACGCUCUGUACCCGCGGUGGCAGCAGGUGUCUGUACAGCCCGCGGCUCACCUGCGUCGGCUGCUGCUGCGCGACAGCAAAGAGCUGCACUUGUGCAUAGAGUGGGUGAUGAGUCAGCCCUGCGACAGCAGCAGGCCUCGCUGGCAGCUGUGGCUGCUGCGCAACGCCGCAGCGCAGCAGCAGCAGCAGCAGCAGGAGGGGGAAGAGGUGUGGGACUCGAGGCAGCACAGGACUGAGGAAGAGAGGCGAGGAGUAGAUCAAAGAGAUGGACUCAAAGAGCUGCCGAGACACUGCAUCGUUCUGCGCGCCGAUCACUGCAUUGGGGAUGGGGUCUCCCUCAUUGAAGUGGGCCUGCGGCUGCUGACGGACUCUCAGGGAAUUCCCCUGAAUGAGUGGCCUGACCCUCCGGUUUUGAAAGGUCCUGCAACAGCGGCAGAUGAACAUUUGUGUCUCUUGCCGACGCCGACGGCUCAUUUGCUGCGUUGGACGAAGCUGCUGCUGCGGGCCCCGCGGCGGCUGGCGAGCGCGGUGUGGGGCUGCGUGCUGCUGCUGCUGGGCUCUUUUCGUGCAUUUGCUGCUGCUCUUUUAAUUGCGCGAGAUGCAUGCACUCCGCUGACGGGCACAGCAGCGGAAAGAGAUAAGCUGCAGUGGGCUAGGCAGCAGCGGAUUGCUUCUGCUGCUCCCCUGAGUCUGGAGUUUGUAAGGGAAAUAAAAAAGGCAGCACGCGCAACCCUCAAUGACAUUUUCGUUGCGGCUUUCACAGGCGCUGUUAGGCGGUACUGCGAGCUCCAGGGGGACUUCCAGUUUUCGCAGGCGCCGGCAGCAAAUCUGCCAAGGGUGCUGCUAGCGUGUGCCUUCUACAGGCGCACUCGAGAAUUGCCAGACUGGUCUCAGUUGCUCCUGCGCAACAGAUUUGCUCUGACCUCUUUGGCGCUGCCCGCCGACAGCAGGGACCCGAGGGAAAGGCUUGGUAGAGUCAGAAAGGCCACUCUUCGUCUGAAGCGUUGUCGGCAAGCUGCCGCCGACUUUUUAACUCAGCGGGUAGUGGGCCAUUUGAUGCCGCGGCAGUUUAUCUGCAAAGCAGCAGAAGGCCUCUUCAGCAGGCACAGCGUUGUCUUCUCCAACCUGCCCGCUUACACAGCUCCUGUUUAUUUCUGCGGCUGUGAGAUAACGGAGGUGCAGGUCGUGUACCCGAAUUUGAUUCCCCAGGUGGAGGUCGUCUCUUACGCUGGUCGUGUCUUUUUCUCAAUUGUUUUCGAUCCGUCAAUUGUUAAAGAGGGACACAAAAUACCAAAUCUGUUUGUUGAGGAGCUUUACCGCCUAGCGGACGCCUUCGGCAUAGCCAGGCCCACUCAGCAGCAGCAGCAGCAGCAGCAAGAGAGCUGCGCAAGCUGA